GAGAAAAAGAGAGAGAGAAGAACAAGAGGAAACAGAAGCUAGCCAAGCCCAGCCAUGGCUGCUUUACUUCCUUCCUUUCUCUCAUGACCAAAUUUCCCUUUCUUCCAGCUUUCUGCAAUUUUCAGCGCCUCAAGCAACUAACUGAAUCACGCGAACGGCGUCUAUCGCCGGCCGGCGUUCGUUGCCGAUCGCUGCUUACAAUAUCACUCUUCAGAAUCGUUGUUUUCUCUCCUCUGUUUUUGUUUCUUCGGCGGAGUGUUUGGAUUCUGUGAUUCUGUAUGUGUUUGCUAUGGGAGACACGGAGAGCUGCAGCAGCAGAGCUGUUGAUUUCGUGCCGGCGGUGAGCAGGAACCAGAGGCAGAAAGUUGCGGUCUACAAUGAAGUCCUCCGCCGGCUUACGAACUCCAAUGACGAGGAAUCCGGCCUUCCAGGCUUCGAAGACGAGCUCUGGAAUCAUUUCCUCCGUCUUCCCACUAGAUACGCGCUGGAAGUGAACGCGGAGAGGGCGCAGGACGUGCUUAUGCACAAGAGAUUACUGCAGAUGGCUCAUGAUCCGGCUACUAGGCCGGCAAUUGAAGUCCGGCUGGUACAGGUUUAUUCUGCAUCCCAUGGAAACUCUGGUGACUCUGCUCAUGCUGACUUUCCCAAGAAAAAGCAACCUCAAUCUUCUGAUCAACCCUUGAAGCAGAGCCUCCAUCCACCACCUGCCUUUGGUUCAUUGCCAGACCUAGAACUUGCAUAUGAAGCUCAAGAUAAGGAUACGGGCAGUGUAAUUUACUCUCGGCUUAUGCAUGAAAUCACAAUUUCCACGAAUGAUAAGCCAAAGCUUCUGAGUCAGUUAACUUCCUUACUCUCUGAGCUUGACCUAAAUAUACAAGAAGCACAUGCUUUUUCCACCACAGAUGGGUACUCAUUAGAUGUGUUUGUUGUUGACAAUUGGAGCUCUGAGGAGACUUAUAAACUAAGAGUCGUGCUGGAAAAUGAAAUUCCGAAGAUUGAGCAAGACCAAACAGGAACGAAUCCCAGAUCUUCUGAAAUGAGCAUCCCAACUGUGCCAAUUGAUGUUUGGGAAAUUGAUGCAAGAUUACUGAAGUAUGAGUACAAAGUUGCAUCUGGACCCUAUGGAGACACGUAUAAAGGCACCUUCUGUAGUCAAGAUGUGGCUAUCAAGCAUUUCAGGGCAGAGCACCUAUGCAAAAAACUUCAAAAGGAAUUCGCUCAAGAAGUCUUUAUUAUGAGGAAAGUCCGGCACAAGAAUGUUGUUCAGUUCAUCGGUGCAUGUACCAGGAGGCCAAACCUAUGUAUUGUGACAGAAUUUAUGUCUGGUGGAAGCAUGUACGACCAUCUGCAUAAAAGGAAGGAAUGUUUUAAUCUUCAGUCCUUACUCAGAGUAGCAGUUGAUGUAUCCAGAGGAAUGAACUACUUGCACAGAAAUAACAUAAUCCACAGAGACCUGAAAGCUGCCAAUCUUCUAAUGGAUGAAAACGGAGUUGUCAAGGUUGCUGAUUUUGGUGUUGCCAGAGUGCAAGAUCGUUCAGGAGUAAUGACUGCAGAAACUGGAACGUACCGUUGGAUGGCUCCGGAGGUUAUUGAACACAAACCAUACAAUCACAAAGCUGAUGUUUUCAGCUUCGGCGUUAUGCUGUGGGAACUACUCACAGGAAAGGUCCCUUACGACAACUUGACCCCAUUGCAAGCUGCAGUUGGCGUAGUACAGCAGGGGCUGAGACCAUCCAUCCCAAAGAACACCCAUCCCAAAUUGGUGGAACUUCUUGACAGAUGCUGGGACAGAGACCCAUGUUUGAGGCCUGAAUUCUCUGAAAUUUUGGAACUUCUACAGAACUUACAGGGGAUGGUCACGGAGGAAGGAGAAGACAGGGUGAAACACAAGGUAUCUAGGAAAGUAGUAGCUGCAACGGGCUGAGAAAGGGAGUUUGAGGUUGCAAGAAGUGAGAAAACUUUGUACAUAACGUUUGUUGUAGUAAAAUCUCACCCUUGAGAAACAAUUGAUUUAUGUGUUUACAUUUUUGUUUGUCAAGUUAGUAACCAGUUUUCUCUUUCAACAACUUGUACUAAUGUUUAACUGUUGUUCAGCUUAUGAGAGUGAUAUGCACGAUCUCGCGCUGGAAAUAAUUGUAAACUUGCUAACUCCAUGUAUUCCGAGGAAAUAUACAGCUCGAAGUUAGCAAGAGCGGAAACUUAAUUGUUCAUUUUUUGUUUUGUAACCCUUUUGCUUGCACCCAAGACUCAGGUCCCCUUCAAGAACACUUCUCGAGGCAUGAUGAUGAGGCUGGAAGCUGUAACAGAUGUAUUCCACACUGGAAAAAGAAAACCAUUAACCUUCAACUCAAGAGCAUUUCCUCCAAUGGAGAGAUUGAGAAAGCCUUGAAGUCUUGCUGUUCUCGUGCCAAACUGAAGCAGCAACAUGAAGAAAAAGAAGCCCUCUUGAAUCACAGCUGUGGCCAGGAAGAACAGUUAGUUGUAUGGUAUUCAUAAUUGCACUCCAUGCACAGAAACAAUGGGGCUGCUGCUGCUGCUGCUGCAAACCCCAGCAAAGCAAAAGGUAUCCUUCGCCGAAAUUGCAGAGGAAGCCAUGUGGUGCAUAGCAGAUAAAGACAGCCAACCGUCCCACGAUGAUGUAUCCUUUCGUCGUAACCCAUGGAGGUCACUCAUGAUCAGAACCAAGUCCAGACUAAUCGAAGAUGAAGACUACAGUAUGAUCAACUCCAAUGACAUCAGAUCUCCAGAAGGAGACUGCGGCAAAGAAGAAGACGAGGAUAACCAUGAAGAUGUCUCACACAACAACCACCUUAAAACCAGUAUUUUCGCAAUGCUCAUGUGGCAGCUGCCUCAUCUCAUCUCUCUUAGCCUUACCUUCCACACGCGGCAUACCUUCCAUGAGAAAACAAACUCUUUGUCUUUGCGACCUUCCUUUAUGGAAAUGGAAGUUCAUGGCUUUGACACUCCUGGGUGGGAAAUUGCUCUCUGGUUGGUUGAUCAGGUUCAUUGUCUACUCUGGAUGAGCAUGUGCUUGACUCGGAUGUGAAAGGUGAUGAGCCAUCCUUGCAUACAAGGAGUGUGUGCCAACUGCCAAGCAACGGAAGUAGCCAAGAUCUUCACCAAUGUGGCUGCCCCAGGAUCCCAUCAUAUUCAAUGGCCAGGCAUAUUUUUCAUGGCUAAAGAAGAGGCUAUUGAGAGCCAUGCAUCACUUUGGACCAGCUUCGGAUAAUGGAGGGAUAAGCAAAUCAUUGCUCACUGACUGGCUGGUGAAUGCAUUCAGGGACAGGCAAGCCCUCGUGCUGUCCUUGAACGACACAAAAACAGCAGUGGACGAGCUCCACAGCUUGCUAAACGUCAUCAUAGCGGUGAUCAUCGUAAUAAUCUUAUCUGGUCAUGCUGGGAAAUGGGAAUCCCCAUCGCCCAUUUCCUCGUCCUCUUGAGCUCCCAGCUCCUAUUGGUAGCCUUCACCUUCUGCAACUCCUGCAAGAGCAUGUUCGGAGCCAUGUUCGUAGGGCCUAGGGGAUCUUGACAACUCUGGAUUACCAAAAGAUUUGGUCACCACAGUCCUUUGCAGUUGAGACUUGAGACUCCACGAAUGCAGGCCAACAGCAUAAUACAAGCAGAAAAUUCCAGGCCCCAAUCUAACUAUUCGACUAGUAUUGGUGGGGUGCGCCAGGCCCUUGCAAUAGUGCAACGCAUGGGCGACACGUGAGAAGCCCCCGAAGCAAACUCCAGUAGUGGACUUCUCCCCCUAUAAAAAUUAAUUUAAUAUCGUGUGGGCCAUUGGCCCACGUAUCAGAUAUUAAACUGAUAAGAACAGAUACUACACUUGAUCUUAGCCAAAAGGCCGAGAAAGGUAUGAAUUGGGCCUGCAGAAGAGCUGUCAUUUUAUACCCGCUCCCCUUGUUUCACAAAUUAGCUCAAGCAAUGUGGUAGAAAAGCUCCUUCACAUUCACAAUAGUUGUUCAGAAUAAUAAGCACAACCCACAAGGAACCCAAGAAAGAGAGCUCCUUAAUUGUUGUAACCUUAAAACUUUGCUAUGGCUUUUGUGGCGGCCCAGACUGGAAAUAUGUGUUAUUCUUAGCUUGAUUUGUAUGUGACUCAUUCAUUUUAAGGCGC